AUGGAAGAAGAGAGCACCCGGAUCGGCGACCUCCCGGAGAGAGUCCUAGCGCAGGUGAUCUCCUCGACUUGUCCGCGCGACGCCGUCUGGGAGCGCUUCCUCCGGCCGCCUGACUACGAUGAUGACAUCCUCUACGUCUCCGGCUCUGGACGGCAUGCGCCGACGACGCCGUUAUCGAAGGAGGCAUUCCGCCGACGCCUUUCCGUCAACGGUGGCUCGACGGCAGGGAGCGGCGGCGGCGGCAAGUGCGUGACGCCGUCGGCGAGGAAGCUGAGCCUGCCGUGGGACGACGACGGCGAGUCCCGCUGGAGAUGGACGUCACACCCGUACAUUCCAUAG